CAGUCAGCACUGCAGCCGUAGUCGUAUCGUAGUUGCACCGUUGUUUCAGCCGUAGUCGUAGCGUUUUACACACAAUAACAUAGCAUAGUUGUACGUGUGUUUGUGUGUGUGUGUGUCUGUGUGUGUGUGUGUGUGUGACUGGUGCGUGCGCGUUGACGGCCUACUCUCUGUGCGUGUGCGAGAAGUGUGUUCGCGUUUGUGUGUGUGUGUGUACGAUCCGUCGCGAUGAUAAGUGCCGCUGGUGGCAAUUGCAGCAGUUGUAGUAGUUUUAGUCGUAGUAGCGAUAGCGUACGCAUUAAUAAUUUUCACUGUUGUGCCGUUCCACGGUUCGCAGUUUUCUCGGUUUGAAGGCAGGCGCUCCGGGGACUCGCUCGUCGCGUUUUGACGUGGUUUUAAAUCGUUUUUUAUUUUCUUCAUUAUUUUUUAACUCGAGUUUCCUCCCCCCCCACCCACUCGUGUAUCGUUUUUUUUUUUCGCCUUAUCCCCGGCACCCGUCCGUGUGUGUCGUACUCGGAUCGUCAAAACUAAAUACUACGCGGUGGCGAUGUCUGUGGUACAAAUGGCGGCCAGCCCGAACAACAGCAGCAAUAACACGACCGUGGUAAACUCGGACUGCGGCGGCGGUUCCACCGUCGGCGGCAGUGGCGGUUCCGCGGCCGUCAACGGCAGCGCGACCAGCCCAUUCGGCCAACAAGGCGAGGAUCGGCUGAAGGGCUUAUACCCGAUGGUAGACGAGGACGACACACCAUUGCCACGGAGCUGGAACUCCAAAGACAAGUUCACUAAUCUUGGAUUGUCGCAGAACAACAUACGUGUACACUACAAAGGUCAUGGUAAAACACAUAAAGAUGCAGCCAGUGUUAGAGCCACACACCCUAUUCCUGCUUCUUGUGGCUUAUAUUAUUUUGAAGUAAAAAUAGUAUCAAAAGGACGUGAUGGUUACAUGGGGGUUGGACUUUCAGCCCAAGGAGUCAAUAUGAAUCGUUUACCAGGUUGGGAUAAACAUUCAUAUGGUUAUCAUGGUGAUGAUGGUCAUUCAUUUUGCUCAAGUGGCACAGGUCAACCAUACGGACCUACCUUUACUACUGGCGAUAUUAUCGGUUGUGGAGUAGAUCUUGUGCACAACCAUUGUUUUUAUACUAAAAAUGGAACCCAUUUAGGAACAGCAUUUACUGACCUUCCUCCAAAUUUAUUUCCCACUGUAGGAUUACAAACACCUGGUGAGGUGGUUGAUGCCAAUUUUGGACAGUUGCCAUUUGUGUUCAAAAUUGAAGAAAUGAUGAAAGAACUCAGAAGCCAGACACAAAUGACUAUUCAAAAUUAUCCUUUUUCUUAUCCAUAUUCACAGUGCCAGACAAAUUUCCAUAAAAUGGUUUCUACUUAUUUAGUUCACCAAGGUUUCUGUGCAACUGCAGAGGCAUUUAUUUCUCAAACUGAUCAAUCAUUUGAAGAAGAGAUUGCUUCCAUAAAAAAUCGCCAAAAAAUAUUAAAAUUAGUUUCAACUGGUCGAAUGGGAGAAGCUAUUGAAAUGACCAAUAAGCUGUAUCCUGGGUUACUUGAAUCAAAUCGUAACCUUCUAUUUAAGCUCAAAUGUCGUCAGUUUGUUGAAAUGGUUAAUGGUACAGAUUCUGAGGUAACAUCCCGUUCUUAUGAUAACGUUGAAAUUCAUACAACAACUCGUCCUUCGCCAAAACGUACAUUACAGUCAAAUCGAAGUCCAACAUCUAUACAAACCAACGGAAAUAUAAAAUGUCAAAAAUUAUCAAAUACUACUGAAGUGACUGAAAUAAAUUCAGUGAAUUUGAUAUUGAAUGGUUCUUCGGAUAUUACUACAAUUAAAACGAUUAAAAAUGGUACACCAAAAAUAAAUGACUACCAAAUAGAAAAAAUGGAUUGCAACGAAGACAACCAAAUGACUGAAUAUAAUAUUAUGUCAGCUGACAGCGUAAAUGGACAUCAUCAAAAUCACUUUUUAGACGAAGAUUAUAGUUCAAACGGUUAUCACAAUGGACAUAAUUGUGAUGAACUAAGUAAUGGAACAUCAAGAGUUAAUAAUAAUGGAAAUGAAGAAUCUAUGGAUAUUGAUCAACCAGAAUAUCACCAAACUACCAAAAAAGUAUGUGGUGGCAGUAAACCUGGUGUUGAAAAAAUGUUAGAAUUCGGUCGAGAAUUAUUCUUACUUAGUUUGCAGUUGCGACAAGAAUUAGGAAGAAAUGAAACAAAUAAAAAAAUGUUACAAGAUGCGUUUAGUUUACUAGCAUAUUCUAAUCCUUGGGAUAGUCCUGUUGGUUGGCAAUUGGAAGCUUCCCAAAGAGAUAGUGUAUGUGCAGCACUGAAUUCUGCUAUUCUAGAAUCGAGUAAUUUACCACGACGCCCACCUCUGGAAAUGACUGUUGGUCAUGCCUAUGAACUAGUCAAGCUAAUGGCAGCGUCUAGCAUGGGAGCAUGCGCUUUCACCAAUAUCGAUGAACUGCUCAAAUGACCUUCGUGCAAUGUGCGCGUUUCACUGCCACCAUUCUGCAGAGUUCAAAACGGUUGGCCGCCAAUUUUGAACACAGUAACAAUGGCAAAAGUACUUUAAGCGGUCACAUCACCCACAAAA